AUUACACAAACAAUGCAAAGCAGAACCGAAAGAAGACCAAGUGUUCUUCUGCUUUUAAUCGUCACCCACUGGACUCGAUUUCGAUUCUCUGCAAAUGUCUUAUAAUAUGGCCGGCACUUUCAGAUCUAAACUGGUUCCUGCAAUACUUUUCGUGCCGUUAUUAUGCCUUUGUCUGAUCUCUUCCGCCCUUGGCCUUUCAUCUGGGUCUGGCGAUGGCUACACUAUCAGUGGUAGAUUGAAGAUUCCGGGUAUGGGCACAACAGCGUUUGGUUCUCCUGGUGGAAAAAUAUCAAAUGCCAAGGUUAUACUCAAUGGUGGCCAAAGUGUAACUUUUCUAAGGCCUGAUGGAUACUUUUCAUUCCAUAACAUGUCAGCAGGGACUCAUUUAAUUGAAGUGGCUGCAAUUGGCUAUUUCUUUUCUCCAGUCCGAGUUGAUGUUAGUGCUAGAAACCCUGGCAAGGUUCAGGCAGCAUUGACAGAGAACAGGCGGGGUCUGAAUGAAUUAGUUUUAGAACCAUUGAGAGAAGAGCAAUAUUAUGAGAUUAGGGAACCAUUCUCCAUAAUGUCUGUUGUGAAAAGCCCAAUGGGUCUCAUGGUGGGGUUUAUGCUGAUGGUUGUGUUUUUAAUGCCCAAAUUAACGGAGAAUAUGGAUCCUGAAGAGAUUAGACGUGCACAAGAGGAAAUGGGGAGCCAAGGGGUUCCCUCUCUAGCAAACUUGUUACCGAGAAGCAGUUAGAUAUAUGACUGGAAGUGCCAAUCCUCCCUUCAAAUUGAGCUUUUCUGCUACAUUUCAGUGAUCCAAUUGAUCGCCCAUGAACCCUCUGCUGUCUACUGCAGCGAGCAAAAUGAUUCUACAAACAGAUUAUCCAUUCUUUGCACUCAGAAUGAUCUACGUAUGUUAUGCCUUGGAUUGCAUGAAAGACAACAAGAAACGGGGUUUAACUUAACAUGAAUACCUGUUUAGAAUUCUAGUUUGAAUCUUGACAAUGGCAAUCCAUCAAAUUUUGUAUAUUUGUUGAAGCACUUGUUGAUAUGGUUAUUAUUGGUAUUUUGACUCUUUUCUUUAUCAAUGAAGUGAAAUACAUACAGUGCUUCUGACCA